AACUUUUGGAGUGGGUAUGACUCACGAGGAGCUACUGGUGAACAGAGACGAAAUUAGCAGAUAAAAAUUGAAACUUUUAUCUGUAUAGAUGUUGAAUUUGACAGUUUGAGAGAGCCCGAGAUUGUUUCGCUUCCCAAUUUAUUCCCUGAAGAAACUGAGAAUCGUGCGUAGUAAAAGCAUCAGAGAAUGGAGGUUUCGAUGUUGGGUUCCUCUUCCUCAUGGAGUUUUCGACUAUCCCCGAAGAGACAAACUCCAAAACUCGCAAGCUCUUUAACAGAAAGAGAUCCAAUUUUUCUGAAUAUGAGGGUUGGCAAUCAAAUUAGGCCAUAUUCAGCUCGAGCUCUGAAGUCCAGGUCUGUCUCUGAGGAUUUCGUCGAGAGAAGUAGCCCACUUGAGGUUAAGAAAGAGCUAGAGAUUUGCUUCGACCUCAUACAUAGGCUAGGGAGAGGGAUCGUGUAUUUAGGUUCCGCCAGAAUCCAACCAAACCAUCCACAUUACCUGCAAGCACAAGACUUGAGCAGAGAAGCAUCAAAUCUGUUGGACUGUACUACAUGGUCUGGAGCUGGACCAGGACUCAUGGAUGCUGUGACUAAAGGUGCUUUAGAAGCUGAGAAACCGGUCGGUGGCAUCAAGAUCGAAAAAGAAGCUGGUGAAUGGACCGCUUCGAAGUUUCAUCCUUAUCUCCCUCCUCAGAAUUACCAUACUUGCAGGUUUUUCUCGGCGAGAAAGCAUGGACUGGUGGAUGCAGUGAUUAGAAACAAGAUUUCAGAUAAGACGGCUGUAAUUGCAUUGCCAGGUGGUAUUGGCACGCUCGAUGAAAUGUUUGAGAUUUUGGCAUUGAUUCAGCUCAAAAGGAUUGGAUCUGAAUUGCCGGUUCCAUUCAUUGUGAUGAAUUAUGAUUCUUUCUAUUCGAAGCUGUUUGAAUUCAUGGAGAGUUGUGAAAACUUGGGAACUGUUUCUAAAGGAGAAGUGUCUGCAUUGUGGAAAGUAUGCAACAACAACUCUGAAGCUUUGACAUACUUAGCUGAAUUCUAUGAAUUGCCUUACGGUUCUACAAGACCAGAAACUAAACUUAGAACUAGUGGAACGGUUUCUUAGCCAGUUUAUUUUCUCUUACUUUGACCAUGAACAACAUCUUUUAUGCUGUGGCAUAAGCAGAAUGUAGUUUUUUUGUCUGCAGUAUAUAUACUAAUCAGAUU